AUGUCCGAACCCAUUCUCUACUCUUAUUGGCAUAGUUCCUGCGCAUGGAGGGUUCGAAUCGCAUUGGGAUUGAAGAAAAUAAAGUAUCAGCAGGUCCAUAAGGACCUCGUGAAGGAUGAACAGGCGAGUUUACGAGUUUUGGAGACAUCUUAUACGCUGGGAAGUUUUUUGCGUAUAAAAUGUCGCCCGAUAGAAUUUCUGUUUCCGUUCUAAAACGUUCACUUUUAGUGGCUAUUGGAAAAUUUUCUCAGGCCCAUUCUAAUUCUUAUUUGUCAAUUUAAAAGCCCUGGCGACAUUUUAUACAACGCAAAGUUUUUUUGCGUAUAAAAUGUCAACCAAUCAGGUUAGAACUUUUCGAAAUACAGUAGAACGCUCUAAAUACCAAUAGCUAUGAUUAGUGUUAAUAAAAACCGUUAGCUACUAAAAAGCGACAGUUUAUACGCUGAAAUAAUUUUUUCGUAUAAAAUGUCCCCAACUUAUUUCAAUGUUCUUCAGUGUGAACAAAAGUAUUUGGACCUGAAUCCAGCUGGGUAUGUGCCCGUUUUCAUCCACAAUGACCAUGUCAUUCCGGAAUCUUUGGCCAUUUUGGAGUACAUCGAUGAGGUCUACCCGCAAGAGCCUAAAUUAAUCUAUGGAGAUGCCGCCCAAAAAGCCCUCAUCAGAAGUCUGGCAUUGGUGGUAAGGGACUUUCUGCAAUUUCGGAUAUUUUCAGACAAUUUUCUAUAUGGCAUUGUCAAAAAAAUUUUUUAUUUUUCGCCAAAUUUCGCCGAAAAAUCGCUUUUUUCAGAUCAUAACAAAUAUCCAGCCAUUCCAAAACUUCCGUGUCACCUCCAAACAUUCGGACGACCCAGUCAAACAACAUGAUUUUACCAAAUUUUUCAUCGAAAGAGGCUUCGAAACGCUAGAGAAAAGGCUCCAGAAAACAGCGGGGAAAUUUGCCGUAGGCGAUCAAUUGUCGCUGGCCGAUGUUUGCAUCCCUCCUCAGGUUCAUUGGGCAGGAAGGUGGGGAAUUUUUAAAAAACAUUUUUUUUUUUUGAAAAAUUGAAAAAAAAAAUAUUUUUUAAAUUGAAAAAAUACUUUUUUUUUUAAAAAAAAUGAAAAAUAUAAUAUAUAUAUUUUUUUUAAAUAUUUUUUUGAAUUUCUUUUUAAUUUUUUUAAAAAAUAUCUUUUAGGCAUCACGUGGAUAUGAGUCAAUACCCGACAAUUCAAAAAAUCAACGACGAGUUGAGUAAAAUCCCCGAAUUCAUCGCGGCCGAUGAAAAACAUCAACCAGAUACGCCAGAAGAGAAAAAAUACUGA